AUGGCUGCAGGGGUGCAGGGGAAGAAGGACGCAAAAGACAAAAACAACGAGCUGAAGGUCGUUGUUCGCGGCAGAGCGAGAGCGGAAGGCGAGGACGUGACGCUCGCAGCGGCGGGAGCGGGGCGGGGAGGCCGAGUUUGCUCCGUCUGCGCCCGUGCCUCUGCAGACUACUCUUGCCCGAGGUGUCUCGUUGGAUACUGCUCUUCCAAGUGCUACAAGGUGCACGGGUCGGGCUGCACGGAGGCGUUCUUUCGCGGGCACGUCGAGCGUGAGACUCGGCUCAGAGAGGGCGACGAAGUCGAGCGGGGUAGCGGCGUCAAGGGCCCCAAGGCCGGACGGCGGGCGAGCAUGGUGGAGGUUUUGAGACGCAUCCGGCUUACGGACCGGGGUGGCGACGGCAACGGUGGUGACGACCCUCACGCCGAGGAGGGGGAGGUCGCGCCUUCCUCUUCGAACCGUCGCGGUGUGGUAGCGGGCGGGGGAGGGGAGCUGCCCAGGAGGGGCAGCCGGAGGGCGCAGCCGGAGGCGAGGGCGGGGGGGGGUUCAGGAAAGGCGAGGCCGGGCGGUUUUGAAGACAGUCGGGUGAAGGAACGCGAACAGCAGCAGCAGCAGCAGCGGCGGCGUCUAGUCGACAGCGGCGACGAUGGCGGGAUGCUAGACCUGCUGACGGAGGAGGAGAAGGGGAGGUUCUUCAGGGAGGUGGCCAGCGGGCGGCUGGGGAAGCUGAUCGUCCCGUGGGUGCCCUGGUGGACUCAGGCGGCCGGGGUGCAGGAGGUGGCCCCGAUCACCGCCGGCGGACGCACGAGCCACUCGCUGCCGCCGCCCGUCGUAGACCCCUGCCGCCACCACAAACACCACGCGGUGUGCUCGUCCUUCGCGACCCCGCCAUCGGGGGCUCCGGGGUCUUCCCCUCCGACGCGACCUUCUACCCCGGAGCAGUCGGCGUCGUCGUCCGGUUCAGAGUUCCCCGCAAGCCGCAGCGGUACGGCGGCGGCGACAGCAACCGGCCAGGAGGAGGAGGAGCAGGAGGGCUCGUCGUCGUCGUGCACGCGGCACUCGUUCGCGGCGCUGCUGAGCCAGGCCUUCCAGGCCCCCGGGUUCACCACGAUCAACGCGAGGGAGCCGUCUCCGACCCUUCCGGCCCUGGCCACCGACCUCGCCUACGCCUACGUGCUCACCUCGAGGUUGUACAACGGCUGCUGGUGCUCGGACCCCGUGGGAGCGUCGCUCGCCCUCGUCGGGGCGUCCCCGGUCCUGAAGGACGGGGCGACGCCUUCAACUGCGGGGGAGGCUCUCGCGGCGUGCGUCGAGCGAGCUGUGGAAGGAGAACGGUGUGGGUUCAGGGGCUACGCGGAAUCGCUCCAACAGGACGUGCUCCAGGUGUGCAGUGACCCCCGCAAGCUCAUCUGCGCGUUCCAAGACGCGUGGGUGAUGCUCGAGGCCGCCGGUCGCACGCUCGCCCCUUCCAUGGCCAAGUCCUUCCUGCCCGCCGCCGGCCGGAAGGCGCAGCGCAAGGCGGCGCGGGAGCUGGGCAAGGUGGAGAAGCGCAUCGGGUACUUCUUGCUGUGGGCACGCACCCACGGGGAGGAAGUCUCGCCGCAGAUGAUGAGGGACGUGGAAGCCGCCGUUGCUCCGGCCGCUGAGCAGCAACGAGGGAUCAGGAUGGCUGCGUGAAGGGCAGCGUGGGGGAGUUGGUGUCCGUGUUGAGAGCAGCUGUUUUGAGGCUGCUGCUGCUGCAGCGCGAAUAGAACGAGAGCACCGGUAGAACAAAAAAGAGGUAUUUUAAAAAGAAGAGAGGAGCCUUGAUGACGGCGUGGGGCAGCGGGAAUUUUGAAGCCGCGCCACCCCCAUGUUGGUGGAAGGUAUUUUUUUCUAUUCACGCGUCUACGAGAACGGCGGUGGGUCGUUAAGUUUGUAUAUUUUCUGCGACAAGCUUUGUUAAGGAGGCUUCCCGGGUGGCAGGAGGUGAGAAGGCGAAUUGCAGAGACACCGGUAAGAGGAGUGUCGUUGUGUCCGUGGCGGCGCUCAAGGAGUUGCGUAUCAUUGUUGGAUGUUUUCAUUGGGCAGGAAAAUAUCUCAUUUCUUCCAAAGCCCAGACAUUCCGUUGUUGUUGUUUUUUCAGGGAGAACAAGAGCCGGACUGGCGUGUGCCGGCUGUGCCAGAAGCUAGCCUCGAUGUUUGUGCUGUCUCCAUUUUAACAAUAUGCCGUACGACAGGCAGGACGUUUCAGCUUUUUUUUUAGCCAACCCGUUGUGUCCCCUCCGGGUCCUGAAUUGGUGCUUGGAAGAUGCCGGUGGUGAUUGCUGCCUUGGAAGAGUGAUAGUGAUGGAUGCACACAUUUUGCAUGCUUUCGUGAGCUUUUGGUUUGGGAAGCGACAUCGACAGGUCUU